AUGGCGGAGACGGUGGAGUCUCUGACGGAAAUUACCGAAGUUGGCUCGCAAAUUGAAGAAAAUCCAGCGAUCCAGGAUGAAGAUCAGCGUACGAGACUGACACAGUUUCCUCAAACUAGAAUUCGCAAUAUGAUGAAAAUCGAUCCAGACCUUCAUUUGGCCAACAGAGAGUCGGUAUUUCUUCUAACCAGAGCCGCCGUGAGUGUCUUUUUACACCACUUCUUCAGUUCGCUCUAGUUUAAAUCGGCAGAAAGUCGAGUUUGUACGUGUGAUAUUCUGAUUAACAUUUAGUUUUCAAGGCUUUCGAUCUCUGUCUAACACGUGGCUGUCGAUAAAUAGGGGAAUUACGCAUACAGUGCGUGAUGGCGAUCUAACCGAGUGGAGUACAUCGGUCUUUGGUAAUGCAAGUGGUUAGCAAAAUCGAAUAGCGAUGCUGGACCCCGAGUAUGAUUACAGAGAGAACUGGAUGAUAUAAAGUCCUUUUAUUUCUUCUUGAUCAACCCUUGCCAUGUUGCACUACUUAGCCAUAAAGGGGUGCACAUGCAUUGAGUUUCUAUGAAAAAAAAAAAAAAAAAAAAAAAUAUAUUUCUGUUAUUGUUGUUUACACGACUACUAAUUUAAUGUACAAACGGCAAAAAAAUAUUAACUAAGUGUUUCCUUGACGCUGUGAUUUAAAACUAUUUUGACACUUUUUUAAACACUGUAGGAGCUGUUUGUUGAUCAUGUUGCUAAAGAAGCGUACAAAAGAACAAUUAUGGGCAAGAGAAAAACAAUACAGAAAAAGGACCUAGGUAAAUAGUUGCAGUGUUCAUGAGAGAUGAUGGAAAUUUAACCCUUUAGCUCACAGAGGUGAUUGACAAGUAACUACUCAUUAUGAUUCAAAUAUGUUGUCCUGUGAACAGGUUGUGUGAAGUCAGACAUGAUAAUGGGCCUGCAGGUGUUAUCUUGGCAUAACACUAAAUUCUCUUGUGCAAUUUGUAAGGAAAUGUUUGACAGUCAGUUGGGAGAAUAACCCUAUGGAUAUUGCUUGUUAAAGGGUUAAUGUAAAUAGCUAUUUGUGAAAUAUUCAAGGUGCUGGUGAAUAGGUUUUUAUAGAUAAGAGCCUGGAAACACAUAACAAUUCCUCCAGUGCUUAGAGUGUGUUUCUACAUAUCUUCCAUAGAUACUGUUGUUGAUGAAAAUGAAGAAAUGGCAUUUCUAGAGGGUAAGUAAACACCUGCCUUUUACUCUCUCUUCUAUUUUUCCCCUCUCUUCUAUUUUUCCCAUUUUACACACUAGUAAUCUUGAUUUUUUUCUGCAGUGUUGUCCAAACAACUAAUCUCGGAGUGUGUUUUCUAGAUAAGCAUAAAUCUCAACUUUUUUCUCACAACUGUUACAAAUUGUUCAUGAGCACUUACACAAGAUGACCUAAUUUUUUGAACGUAUAUUGACUAAGUGGCAUACUAAAUGUUUUUUAUUUAUUUACUUAUUUAUUUUAUGGAACACAAUUAACCAUACAGCAACUGCUAAAAUAAACUAUAAUAUCAGACAAACUAAAUUGAAUUAACACUAACAGCAGCAAUAUAGUUGUCUGAAGAAAUUCCACUGCCAAAACUCUGUAUGCCUUCUUCCAAAUUUCCAUUGAUGUCACAAAAACAUAUCUUGUCUCACUGUUCAAGCUACAUUCAGUUUGGUUGUUUUUCUCUUCCUCUUUAGGUACCUUGGACUAAUCUUUGUGACUCAUCUUGCUAAGCGGCCAUCACUGAUCACUGAUUAUGAAGAAAGUAAUUAAAUUUUCAACAUCCAAAACAGAUGAAUGAUCAUGCAGCAGUUUUUGUGAUAGCAUUGUCGACCAGAGAAUGAAGAAAUGAAGGGAGACCUUCUCUCUAGUAUGGCUCAGGGCUCUAAAAAGUAUCUUAACCCUUCAACUCCCAAGAUCUGAUUGUUAAUUCUCUCCUCUAGCUGCUACACAUUUCCUUGUGAAUUGGUUACAAGAAUUUGGUGUUCAAUCAAGAUAAUAUCUUGUACCUGAGAAAUCUCACUACCUGUUUGCUGGAUAAUGUAUGGAUACUGUUGGGAGAAGUUACAUUUUAAUCACUUCUGGGAGUUAAAGGGUUGAGAUUAUUGUCUUAUGAAUUUUAAUCAAAGUUUAUUCUUCAUGAAUAAACUUUGGUAACUUAGCUGCUGUGUGUUUGUGCUAACUGGCAGUACUCUAGCAGGCAGAGUUUAGUCUAGUCUGGGACCUUUGGACAGUUGAUGCCUCACAUGAAACAGUCUUUAAGAAGAAAUUAUGUGUCUUGUAUAGUGACUUUUAUAGUGCAACAGUUACACAAGAUGCAUAGUCUUUUGUAAAAUUAGUAGAAGACCAGCAACUUUAAGUUCUGGUGACCCAAUAUGCACUUGUGAGAAUUUGCUUUUCAUUGAUUAAAUGCAAUUGAUGCAUACUUGUUAAAACUGCUUAGUAAUCAGCUGCAUCAUAGCAUCCUAUCUACUGAGUUUUGUCAUAAAAUUUUGUAAAUAAUGUAAUUU